AUGCAAAUCAAUAUUCGCAAUGAGAUUGCUCGUGAGCUCAAUGUCCCAACCACCGAGCUGGAUGACUCGCUGAGCUUUACCGCCCUGGGAGGCCACUCUCUGUCUGCCCUACGUCUGGUGUCUAUCUGCAAACGAAUAGGCCUCUCUCUGGCUGUUGGCGAAUUGUUGCAUGACAUACCCAUCAAAGAUAUCAUCUCCCGAUCUACGGGGAUGUACGACACAGCAGGCAGCCUGCCCAUCCUGGAGAACACAGACCCUAGCCACCCAGACGUCAGCUUCAAUGCCAUUAUAACUCCCUCUCCUAGUCCUUCUGGCCCUUCUACCGGGUGCCCGACACCAGACACCCUCGACACGACCGACUCGCAAGAUGCAGACAAGAUAUCGAUUCCGGAAAUGCAACUGUCCCUGAUACAAUCCACACUCGCAAACCCCGGCAAUAAUAUCUUAGCCUAUCACUACAUGUGCUCCUUGGCAGACUUACCGGCUACGAGGAUGGCCUGGCAACAAGUGCUAGAGGCAGAAUCGAUCUUCCGGACAGAGUUCAGGAUAGAGCAUGAGGGGGGCUAUCUUGUUGACACGGGCUUUACUCCUUACCGAUGGAGGGACACUCAGGUACCCAACUGGGAAGCAUUGCAUGCUGAACGCGAUAAACGUCCAAGCUUCGAUAAUGUCGCGUUCGAGUUCCAGGUCAUCACCGUUGCUGGAGACAACUCAGUCGCUUGUAUUCUGUGGCAUGUGCAUCACUCCUUCAUUGAUGGAUUCUCUAUGCAGUUGGUUAUGCGAAAAGUCUCCCGUGUUGUGGCUGGUCACCCUGUAGAGGCUGGUCCAUCGUUCGCUACUGUUGCCUGGGAAAGAGACCAGAUAAUCAAGGAGCGUGAAGCUGAUGCUCGGCGGUAUUGGAAGUCACAAAAGAGAGUCCUGGAAGCCGCCGCAAGCGAGAUACGAAUGCCCCGUUGCGAUUUUGCGCCUCGGUCCAUCGAGUUCUGGAACAAGGUAGCUACAUUUGUGAUCGAUGUUGCGCAGUCCGACCUCUUGGGCUACGCGGCCCGUCACCAUGUCACUGUGCCGUCGGUAUAUUAUGCCGCGUGGGCCCUGGUACUGUCCAUCAUUUGCGACUCCAACCUUGUUCUACUGGGCGUGGUUAUGUCGGGCAGGUCACUACCUGUGCCUGGCAUUCUCGAUGUCAUUGGGAGCCUGGUAAACACCCUACCGAUGGGGGUUGAAGUCGAACUUGGUAUGGAUACUGUUGGUUUCAUCAACAGAGUGUUCAGGCAACUUGUACAGCUAUCAUCCUUCGACUGGAGCCCACCCGAGCAUGGCUAUCGGCGGCAGUUCGCUUCGGUACUCGCCAUGCAGUUUGACGUCGGAGGUCACACUGGGACAACAAACGAGCCAUCGUCACGUAUGAACAGUGAGAUUCCAAUAAGCAUUACUGUGGAGAGCGAUCAGGUAAUUCAUCUGCAAUUUGCUCCCGAGUACCAGGAGACCCAGGUUCAGCUCAUGGGUACGCUUUUCACUCGGGCCAUUUCGUGCCUGGCUGCGGCCGCCGAGAACCCUGAAGCCUGCGCCGCACGCCUGGGAGCACAGUCAAUGUCGUACCAGGAGCUUGACAGGUGGAGUGACUGUGUAGCUGUACAUUUGAGCAUGUAUAUCGACAAGGGGGCUGUCGUUUGCGUCCAUGCCAGCCCAUGCAUGCACUGGCUCGUUGCUAUAUACGGAAUUCUCAAAGCGGGUGGUGUAUACUGUCCGCUGAACAGCAAGCUCGACCCUGAGCUCAGGAAUAACAUGUUCCAGUCUUCUGGUGCUGCGAUUUACUUGACACCUUCAGCCAGUGAGACGAAAUACCGACCCAGGGCUAGCCGGUAUGUCUGGGCCGUGGAGGAUCUGCUUCAGCGGCAAGACGACAACAACCAAGAUGAGUUCGAUCACAUUCCUCGCGCAGAAGGAAAUGCGUAUCUGUGUUUCACAUCGGGCUCAACCGGGAAGCCCAAGGGCGUGCUAUGUACCCACCGAGGCCUAGUUGCAUUCCAAAGAGACCUAGAGGUCCGCCUGCAUGCACAGCCGGGACGAAGGAUUGCUCAAACAAUGUCUGUCUCGUUUGAUGGGAGUAUUCACGAGAUAUUCUCUGCGCUGAGCUACGGAGCAACACUUGUCCUGCCAACCCCCGAGGACCCAUUUUCUCACCUCUACGAUGUUGAUAGUUGCAUUUUCACGCCCUCGUUGGCUGCAACUUUGGACCCGAGUGAUUACCCAAACCUUUGCUAUGUAUACCUUGUUGGCGAGCAGGUUACACAGGAUAUCAACGACCGCUGGGCUGCAUCGGUGGCCCUGUACAACAUGUACGGUCCAACAGAAGCCACAUGCGGUGCGUCAAUCAAAUGCCUACUUCCUGGACGUAAGGUGACUGUCGGACGUCCUAACCCAACAACGCGGAUUUACAUCCUGGACCGGAACGGUCGUCUAGCACCACCAGGAGUCAUGGGCCAGAUUUACCUUGCAGGCGUCCAGGUGUCCAACGGAUACAUAGGCCAAUCGGACUUGACAAAUGAACGAUUCUUCCCUGAUUCUAUCUGCUGCGGACUUGGAGAACGAAUGUAUGCGACCGGUGAUAUUGGAUACUGGGACGGAGAUGGUGACCUCAUCUGCCUGGGGAGAAAUGAUCGGCAGAUCAAAUUACGAGGUUUCCGGUUGGACUUGGACGAUCUUGAAGUUCGCAUCUCGAAACUCCCCGGCGUCACCAGGGCGGCUGUUUCGCGGCGUGGAGAUGAUCUGGUGGCGUUGGUGCAGCCUGCAACUGCAUGUGCAGCCGAUUGCCGGAAACACAUGGCCGCCGUUCUCCCAACGCAUGCCAUCCCACGGUACAUCAUUCCGGUGGAGCGGUUCCCUAUGACGCCAAUAGGAAAGUUGGACUACAGGGCGAUUGCGCAGACUGCGGAUGUGAGGUAUAGCGCGACGCCGUCAAAUGAGAUGAGUCCCACGGAGCAGCGUGUUGCUGCUAUCUGGGCCGAUAUAUUGAAUAUGGACAGAGCCCAGAUCUCCCGAGAUUCGAACUUUCUUGCGGCCGGGGGGCAUUCCCUGUUACAACUACGGCUAGCCGGCCGUCUGAACAGAGCGUUCAACUGUUCAGUUCCCAUCACCGACUUAGUCAAGGCUGCCACCCUGCGCGAUCUAUCUCAGAGGAUAGACAAACUGCAGGAGCAAGCAUGCUGGAAAGCGCAACGGCUUCCUCCCAAAAUGGACAAACGAGCUAUCUCGCGAAUGGAAAGAGAAUGGAUAUCGAAGUACGAAGGUAACACUAGCAAUACGUCGUUCACUGUGUCUUUCGCUUGCCGGCUGGACUCUGCUGUUGACUUAGCCCGUUUGAAGCAGAGCUGGGACUCUGUCAUGGAAGCGCAUCAGGUCCUCAGGUCCCGGUAUUGUGCCUGUGCAGAAAGAUAUGAACGGGUAUUCUCAGACCAUGCACCUGUUGCUCAACGGAUCGCCGAAUGCCGGGUGUUGGAGGAGAUAAACCGUCCCUUUGAUCUCGCCAAUGACGACUUAGUUCGAGUCGUCAUCUCACCGGAUACACUGCUAGUCACUAUAAGCCAUAUCAUCUGCGACCUGACCACCAUGCAGCUUCUUCUAAGUGACGUGGAGCGGGUUUAUGACGGUGCUGAACCACUUGGCCACCGCCCGAUGUAUAUGGCGGCGGACGCAUGGCAAAGAGUGGCGGCCGACGCCGAUCUCGCAUUCUGGACAUCAUAUCUCCAAGACUGCCCCCACUCAAAGGCAAAGCGAGAGAGUUAUGCAGGAACCUCCCGGGUGGGUAUAGUUCCUCGCGAGACGGUGCUGGCCCUGGAGGACUUCAUGCGAAGCUCGCAAUUCAGCCACCAUCAAUUGGCCCUGGCAGCUGUUGCUCUGGCUCUCAAACCCAACCAUGACCGUAUUGAUAGUGUCAUUGGCGGGCCCUUCCUAAAUCGUUGGUCCGAGGCCGAUAUGAACACGAUCGGGCUGUUCCUCGAACCACUGCCCUUUCGCAUCCAAUUCGACCCAAAGGCUGUUCCGAAUGCUGAUGCCCAUGCGUUCCUCCAGUCAGUGAAAUGCUCCAGCCAGGCCGCUAUAUCCCAUGCCGUCCCUUGGCAAGAACUCGUAUGCCAUUUGGGCGUGACUCCAGAGUUCCCAAAUCACCCACUGUUCGAGACAAUGGUCACCUUCCACACUAAGGGCGGAGGGCUGAGCCUCCAGAUUGAUGGUAUUGAGCCAUUGUAUACAUGGUCUGAGGGUGCGAAGUUCGGUUUGAUGUGCGAGUUUACGACGUUGUCUAACGGGGAUAUCUUACUUCGGCUGGAAUAUGAUCAGGGGAUAUACGCGCCACGCGACAUCUCUAUUAUCGAAAACAGGAUUAUGACAGCGUUGCGUCUCUUAAUCAAGAAUGUCCCCUGGCUGGACUUGAUCGGUGAGUUACACGAGGUAGAUGGGGCGACAGUAUGUGUUACGCCUGGGCACAAAGGAAGUUUGUUUCUGUCACCGUUGAAGCGCACAUGA